UCCCCUUGGCGUUUCGUUUCGAUAUUUCGAAACGCCAAACCAAACCCAAUACCCCACUCUCUUUCAUUCAUUCGUAUUUAAACCAAAUCCAAAAACACCAAAACCCAACUCAAUUCAUUUCUGUCGUUCUCCACAAAUCUCCUUCUCCUCGCCACCAUCGACCGGUGGCUCCCCGGAGAAUAAUACCACCACUCCUCCUCACAAUGUUACCUUACAACACAAUCCACGAAGCUGCCGCCGCGCUUGGCCGGAACCUCACGUACGCCGAGACAAUCUGGUUCAAUUACUCUGCUCGUAAGUCCGAUUACUUUCUCUAUUGCCAUAAUAUUCUCUUCCUCUUCCUCCUAUUCUCCGUCGUCCCUGUACCUCUCGUCGUUAUCGAGAUUCUUCGAUCCCUUGGUUUCGACAAGUACAAGAUUCAGCCCAAGGUUCGCUUGUCGGUUUCUGAGAUGCUCACUUGCUACAAGGAUGUUAUGAGAAUGUUCUUCCUCGUCAUUGGUCCUCUCCAGCUCGUAUCCUACCCUUCUAUUCAGAUGAUUGGGAUUAGAACAGGGCUGCCAUUGCCAUCUGGGUGGGAGAUUGCUCUUCAAUUGUUCGUUUAUUUUGUGGUGGAGGAUUAUACAAAUUACUGGAUCCAUAGAUUUCUGCAUAACAAAUGGGGUUAUGAGAACAUUCACAAAGUGCAUCAUGAGUUCACUGCUCCAAUCGGAUUUGCGGCACCCUAUGCCCAUUGGGCAGAGGUUUUAAUAUUGGGUAUCCCAUCUUUUCUCGGUCCGGCUAUUGUUCCAGGCCAUAUGAUCACUUUCUGGUUAUGGAUAGCUUUAAGGCAGAUUGAGGCGAUUGACACUCACAGCGGGUAUGACUUUCCGUGGAGCCCCACCAAAUAUAUUCCAUUCUAUGGAGGUGCUGAGUAUCAUGAUUACCAUCACUAUGUGGGAGGACAGAGUCAGAGCAACUUUGCUUCAGUUUUCACCUACUGUGAUUUCAUUUAUGGAACUGACAAGGGCUACCGAUAUCAGAAGAAGAUCCUCAAAAAGUUGAAAGAGGAAACACAGAAUGGAGAAUCAUACAAUAGUUCAAGUCAAGAUCUUAAGUCUGAUUAGUGAAGAUGUAAGAACUCUGUUGGUAACGAUCUGAAAAGCUCUCUGAUUUCAAGUUGACAUCUCUUUGGUAGUCCGGUAAAAAAGAUAGAAAACCUAUAGUGGCUCUGUAUGGCAAUGAUUAACAUGGGGUUGUUCGAAACUGUGAUAAGGUGUAGUCCGGGGAAAGUUUAUAGUUUUAAGGUUGUAAAAUUAGAGUCAAGAGACAUGUCCAUCUUCUUUUUCUUCCCCCUGUUUUUGUGGAGAGUAUGUUUAAAUCAUAAUAUGAAGAAUCAGUUCCUGGCUACAACUGUGUUUAAUGUUUAUGUUGAAGUUAUAGCUUUUCAUUCCACAUGAGAAACUUCUUACCACUGCAAUUAUGUACUCUGAUUUGUUAGAGAGCAGUAGAGCCACUUUUUAGUAAUUAAGCCGAGUCCUCUUCUUAAUGUAACAACACUGAGAACUAAGGUUAAUGAUAACAAUUAUUAUUGUCUGCUAA